CGUCUUCUAAGGCAGGCUCAUUACUCGCUCAGCAUCCGGCCGUGACAAAUUUUCGUACACACACUUCGUACACACUUCUACUAUUCAUCUUCCCCGUCCCGAACCCCCAUCGCUCCGCUCCCUCGCCCCGACAAAUUAACUAGUCCAAUUCCACCUUCGUUCCCUUUGAUCUUUGUUCCCUCGAUUGCAUCCCCCCGUUUCGAAAGAGGGUAGUUUUCAAACGGGCUUUAGUACACGUGAGAAUUCUGUUCGGCCACGCGUACUCCUUAAUUCGUACCGACCGACAUUCGUAAUUGACCGCGUUUUAAUCACCGAAAUUUACCGGUAUCCAGCCCGAGCCGGUGGUGCGUUGUCCCCGACGAUCGAGCGAUCGUUUCCGCGAUCGUUCGCGCGCAUUCUAAGAUUCGAUCGGCCGCAGUGCGUCCUUGCCGAGUGCGGUCUCGAGUGCGGGAAAGCCCCGUAGAAGCCCGGUCGAGUGAAACGAGACGACGUCCGCGGCGAUCCACGACGGGGAAGGUCGCGUAGGCGCCGUGGUCGGCCGCGGGGUCGUCGACACACGACGGCGAGGAGCAGCGCGCCGUGGCGGAGGCGGACGACGUCGGCGGAGGCGGACGCGGCGCGGCGCGCUUAAGCGUUUCGGCUAAUGGUCGAGACGCCGAACCGUCACUUCACGCUAAAGUUCCCGAUGCUGCAGCCACCGUCUCCCCUCCUGGAGAUGGCGUCCCUGCGUCUACCGGACUCGGAGGAGUUCGACGUUGACGCGCGCCGCAGGAGCAACAACGGCAACGUGCCGGUCACGACGACAGUCGCGACCGCCGCCGCGCCGGGCACCGGCGGCACCCUGCUGCAGAUGCGGCACGAUCUGGGCGGCUAUCUGAACAAUCUGAUUACGGAGGCGAUCGCGACGACGAGUCCGCGCGCUACCAUGGAGGACCACGCCGCCGGUUUGUUCAACGCCAGUAAAACCGCCGUAAAUCUGUCGGCGAUCGAGCACGCGCCCGACCGGCUCUACCGGCACAGCAUGGCGAUGUCGGCGGUCUACUGCGUGGCGUACGUCGUCGUCUUCGUGGUCGGUCUGAUCGGCAAUAGUUGCGUUAUCGCCGUGGUGUACCGCUCGCCCCGCAUGCGGACCGUCACGAAUUUCUUCAUCGUCAAUCUCGCGGUGGCCGACGUCCUUGUCAUCGUCUUCUGCCUGCCAGCCACGCUGAUGAGCAACAUCUUCGUCCCGUGGAUCCUGGGAUGGUUCAUGUGCAAGGCGGUCGCUUAUAUACAAGGCGUCUCCGUGGCAGCCUCCGUUUACAGCCUGGUCGCGGUCUCCCUGGACAGAUUUCUCGCAAUCUGGUGGCCGCUGAAAUGUCAGAUCACGAAACGGCGGGCGCGCAUGAUGAUCGUCGUGAUCUGGUUCAUCGCUCUCACAAUGACGUCGCCCUGGCUGCUGUUCUUCGACUUGGUUUCCAUUUACGACGACGAGCCUGAUCUGCGCCUCUGCCUGGAAACGUGGCCGCAUCCGGAGGACGGCUCGCUGUUCUUCCUAAUCGGCAAUCUGACCUUCUGCUACGUGCUGCCGAUGAUACUCAUAUCUCUGUGCUACAUUCUCAUCUGGAUCAAAGUGUGGCGCAGGCACAUACCCACCGACACUAAGGACGCCCAGAUGGAGAGGAUACAGCAGAAGUCGAAGGUGAAAGUUGUCAAGAUGCUGGUCGUGGUCGUGAUACUCUUCGUCCUCUCGUGGCUGCCGCUCUACGUGAUUUUCGCCGUGAUCAAGCUGGGCGGCGACGUGGCGGAGCGGGAGGACGAGAUCCUGCCGAUAGCCACGCCAAUCGCCCAGUGGCUGGGCGCGAGCAACUCCUGCAUAAAUCCGAUCCUCUACGCCUUUUUCAACAAGAAGUACCGACGCGGCUUUAUCGCUAUCUUGAAGAGCGGCCGAUGCUGCGGCAAGCUGAGAUAUUACGAGACCGUCGCGAUGAUGUCCUCCUCGACAAGCAUGAGGAAGUCCUCCUACUACGUCAACAACAAUAACAACAACAAUAACUCGUCGACGAGACGCGCCUGGCAUGGACCGCCGGUCCAUCAGGACAGCAACGUUUCCUAUAUAUUCAAUCACACCGGCGUGUAAUCGCGGCCGAGCGUAAGUCGGGGACGCCUCGCAGCGGCCUCGCCCCAUUGUGCUGAUUUAUUAACGUAUCCUGGCCGACAAUGAAGAAAUUGGAGAAAGACGUGAUGGCCUUUUGCAUUUCGACCGCUCUGGUGCGCGGUCGAAGCCUGAAAUCUGGCCGGAAUCAGCCAGUCCGAGAAUUGCGGGUCAUCCUCUGGGAUGAUCGACACCGAUUGUUACUCGGGCCGGAAAUCGCCGACGGAUGGACGAGGGGGAAGAGAGAUUGGAGAGAUCUUUUUCCCGGCGGACCGCGGAACGGUCGUCGACCUGCCAUUUUACGUCGUUACGAAGAACGACGCCGUCGUUUUGGAUUUUGUCACAAUGUAGCCACUGCGUAUAUGUAAUAUACUAGUUGUUAAGAGAAGAGGAGAGCGGGCGCGCGAGUGGCGCGAUUGUUUGCCUGACGAUAUGUCGAAGUAGCUUUCUAGGUGAUUCGAGAACGGACGGGAUUUACGCUUCAACGAAUCUUAAGGUUUCUUCUAUGUCGAGAUGUUUGUACGCGCGCGAUUUCGAGGGUACACGUUCGAGUACUGAGGGAGGGGUGGGGGGAUUGUAGUUAGGUCGUCACCAAUUAAAUGUAAAGCACGAGUUUGUUACGAUCGCGCGUCGAGUACGCAAUUAGCGCGACAGCGACGCCAGAGUGGCGAUGAUGAUGUCGAAAAUGAUGAUUCUCGCGCGAGCGGAUGCGAGCCCGGUCGAGUCAUUGUUUCUCGGCGGCUCCACCGUCGUGACAGACAAUUAGCCGCGCGCGACACUCAUCGGCGAAGCAGCUGCGUAAUUAAGGGCGCACGGAGUGGAGGCGCGCUUCAUCGAGCACGGACGAGUACGGCGGAGCGGUGCAGCGUUGUGUAAGAAUUGAUUUCGAUUUGCUGACUCUCGCUCGGGCAGCCUUUCAGCAGAUCGAUUAUUGAGAAAACAAAUCGCGCAAGAUCUCAAUCUCUUGUCCGUGUAUUGUACAAUGAAUUUAUAACGAUAUCGAUCGUUGAGACCACAAUUGCACCAAAAAUCGAUAUUAAACAAUAUGAAUCUUUAGCGAGACGGACGGUAAAUCUUAGACUUAACUCAGUAAUCCUAAUUAAUUUAUCUGAAAAGAAACAGUUUAUUUAUAUUUUUCCGGAAAAUUCUGGUAAAAAGAUGUGAGAAAGAUUCCUCAUAAGAUUACGGCACACUCGGUCUUUUAAAUUCUUUAUCUUAUAAAUAGGAUGGGAUAAGAAAAGGAUUAAUUUGAACGAGAAUGGAUUACUCGAGUCUUUAUAAAUGCUACUUCUGCGCGGAUUCAGGCAAGUGAUUUACUACGUAAUUAAAAUCACAUAUACCAAGAUUACGGACAUAUAUUUUCUUACGGAAACUUUAACCGAGUUAGUCUUUUUGUGGUCUGCGCGAUCGUUCUCCGUUUAUGGAUUGUGCAAAGUACGUUGAAAAAUCCAUGAUAAUAUAAAUGUAUGAAACGUCAUAAAAAUGUCUAGAAAACGUUCUUGCAACGCGUUCUUUAAACAUUUUUAGAGAUUUUUUAUACUCUUGUAUUAGUAGCAAGUCAUGGUCAUAGAGUUUGAUUUGUAGGAUGUAACACGGUUAUCAAAGACGUUUUUCUCUCAUUAAAUUAAUCGAUAGGAUUUUCUCAAGCAUGAUUGUCUGUCGCGUCGCGUUUGCGCAGCGAAAUUUAUCCGGAUUAUUCGAAGGCGAUUGCUGCAGUUUUCUAAAGCCACGUUUAUCGCGCGAGCUUGACAGCGCAGCUCGUUAUUUUGUCGCGCGAGAUCAUCUGUCGACGAUAAAAAAAAAAAGGUAUACUUUGUCCAUAUUGGCACCGUGAUCGAUCAGAUCACGGAUUUUCGCGCGCGCGUUGUAACGCAAUAGCGAUUGCAUUACCCACUCGUUACAUUUUAAGAGCCGAGUCGAUCGGUUUUUUUUGCGGGACGGUUUGCGUCCCUCCCCGGAGAACGGGGGAUUACUUUGAAUCUUUAUAGCUGUAAGAUGGUAAGCAAAUUGUCGGAUUUUACGAUAGAGCAAUUAUUUUCGUAAGGUUUUUAUACGAGAAAGAAAAAGAAAGAGAGGGAGAGAGAGAGAGAGAGAGAGAGAGAGAGAGAGAGAGAGAAAGAGAGACGAAUCAUAGGUGUAACGCAGAUGUACGAAUUAUUACAAGACGGUCGGGGCUAACCCAAUUCAUAUCCACCUCCGUGGCGGGACAUCGCUACGUCUCUCGCGGUGGCGAUUAAGUGUAAUAAUGAUAAUAAGAUAAGAAAGCGGAAGGAGAGAGAGGAAUGCAACGUAGUGGCGACCAGCAGCAAUAGCAAUCGAUGGGACACAACUCGAGAGGCGUAGAAGCAAUCGGGACUUGAAAUUGAUAUAAUUUCGUAUUGGAUUAAAAUUUCGAUAAUGCCGUAAGCAAGCACAACACAAACGAAAAUGAUCUCUAGCUUAACACGCAAACCGAUGUGAAACGCAUUUGUCCGGUGCCACAGGCAACUGAGUUCAUCGAAAUUAUGUCGAUCCCAAUCCCUGGCAAUAAUCUCGGGCUGCUAUUAUAAUACGUGUAAUAAAACGGCGAAAAUACGUGUAACGGGCAUGCAUAUAACACCUGUAGCAUAUAUAAAUAUAUAUGUAAGGAUUAAAGCGUAAGUCUAUCCGCUAUCUGCAUGUACAUAUUCUAUGUAUAUUUACUGUUGCUACGUUGUUAUUAAAAUACACACAGACACACAUACGUUUACGCGCUCCGCGUUCAUCGUUAUGUUAAAAAAGAUCUCUUUCGUAUUAUAGAUUCUUAAUUACUACUUAUCGGUUAUCGAGUUUCGCCGUGCAGUGUCUUUUGUACGCACACACCUUAACGGGCUUUCGUAACUCUUCGAGACUUUCGUUUAUGAGAUUACGUUGGGAGGCAAUUAAUAGAACACGGGCAAAGCAGAGAGAUUAUAUUCUUGCGUUCGACGACUUCUUGAACUGCGUUGCGCAACACAAGAGACAAGUCUAAGCGUUCAUUGAGAUUCAAUGCACGUUUCUAAUUAGCGUGAUAAGAGUUACGUUUCUUGCGUUUUCAACUUAGAUACAUGCAAUAUGGUGUAAUAAAUAUGCAUGUAAAAAAAAACAUUCACAAUAGAAUAUAAAGCAAAUAUGAAAUUCCGGUAUAUUUGAAUAUAUUCGAUUGUUUCGAUGUCGCUGCAAUUCGAUUUUGAGAUCCGAAUAUAAUUCUAUUUAAGAUAAAACGAAUAGUCGAGAAAUUCGAGCACUUCGAAUGUCGCGUGCAUUUUUAAACAAUUGGAUUAUAUAUAUUUGUGCUGGAAUUUGCAGAAUUUUCAUAUUUGAAUUAGAUUUCAACUAGAUUUGUGAUAUUUCUGACCAAUCUCACGGAUUAUCUGUAUUCGAAUAAGAAUAACACAACUUGAUAUUUAGAUAUUUGGAACGUUCAACUAUUUUUUAUCAGAAAUCUUAUUAUUCGAAUAACAAAUUAUUUAAAUAUUUACAAACCUAAUUCAUACGCCCUGUCACUAGCAUUUACGAGUUACGAUCGAAGAAUUUCCAGACUGAUGCUACAAAACAAAGCUGGCUGCCCUAAAAUCCUACUCUGAAAUUUUAUUCCAUCAUAUCGUUCCGUAAUAGUGCGUGUUGGGGAAUUCACGAUCUCGCCUUAAUUAAAGAGAGCAAGUCCUAUUAUCAAUAAUAAUGCUUUCACUUGAAUAAAUUUUUCAUAUGUGUAAAGUUUCGAAUUUCCAAAUAAUAUGUUUCACGCGAACAAAAUACUGCUGGGUUCUAUGUGUGUCAGGGAUUUUAUCAAAUGUAACUAUGUUACGAUAGUUACGUUUGUAAUGCGAGCUUAUAUCAUAACAACGUAUCGCGUGUCGCACAUUUCUACUUGGCUAACCGAUUCCCAUCAUACGAUCACUGCUCGUUUCAUUAUUACAAUAAAACUAUAUGUCGCGCAUUUAAAAUAGUGUUGUUGAUAAGCGUUCCAAAAAUAGUAAACCCGAUAAAUAAUAUUUUAUUAACAUUAACUAUCCCCUGGAUAUCAAAUAAUAUUUUAUACAAAAGUUAGAAA